UAUAUUGUUAUAUUAUUAAAUUAAAUAGGAAGAAUUAUAUAGUUUUCAUGAUCCAUUUCGACUGUUUUUUAGACGCUGUAAUGGAUGAACACAAAGAAAAUGAUGAUGAUGAUGAUUGCUACGUUACUGUUAUGCCUGAUGAUUUCGAUACCCCAGAACCAGAGUCAACUACAGUUUUAUAUAGUACACAGACGGAAUUGUGGAGUGAUCAAGAUGCAAGUACCAGUAAAGACCAGGAAUUGAAUGUUAUAACACCUCAACAUUUUACAUCUAAUGCCAAACAGACGGAAUUGUGGAGUGAUCAAGGUGCAAGUAGCAGUAAAAAACUGCAAUGGAAUUUUGUUACACCUCAUAAUUUAAAAUACAAGAAAAGCACUCCUCUCAGAAGCAAUAACAAACGUCUCAAGAGUAGGACUGCAGAGGCAACAAAAUUAUUAAAUCAUAAAGAUCAGCUAACCGAAUUGCAGAUUAAAUGUUUAGAGCAGGAGUUUAAAAUCAAUGAAGUCAAAAAGAGGAAUGUUAUUUUGGAAGAGCAAAAAUUAAAACUAGAAAUAGAAAAAAUGUUGUUGGAAAUAGAAGUACUUAAAAAAAAAAAUAAAGACCCAUAAUAACUAAUAAUAAAAAUAAUGAAUACAUAUUUACAAUGAA